UAUCAACUUGCCCGCCGGCACAGUCUCCUCCAGCUGUCCGGUCCUCCCUGGGAACAAGCUUCCUGAUCCUUUCGCACGGGCGGCUCUAGCUAAUCCGGGACUAUGUCCUACGGCAAAUCCCUUGCAUUGAGCCAGAAUUCCUUCGUCCGGCCUCCCACCCCCGAUGUUGUCGAAGCCCAGGAACAAGAUGAGUUCGGCGCCAGGCGACAGAAGCGACAAGCGACUGUCUAUGAUGCCGUUGCCGGUCGGGUGAAUCAUCAUGGCUUUCUGCCAUCGGUCCCAUUCUCUUCCAAAUACCGCGAUACCGCAUCGUCCAGCACUCGUCCAGUCCGUCCGGAGGAAGUACUUUUCCGUCGACAAAACGCCCCGCAGCGCUACGAAGAAAACGAUUUCUACUUUGCUCAUGAGGCCCUCCCGCCCGGCUGCCCCCUACCCAGCUCCGAGCUGCUCGAGGCCAUUCACGCAUAUUCGGCCGACUACUAUGACCAUGCGACGAUCGACGGAGGACGGGAUGAUUACCAGAGCAUGGACGAGACGGCGUUGAUAGCUAUGGGGAUUCUAAUGGAGGAAAUGGCCAAGGAAUCUCUGGGUGAAACCGGAGACAUGGUGCUUGUGGAGGGAGAGGAAAUCCCGACAGACGAAUUACCCCUAGUCCCUCAGCUCAGCCGAACAAUGCGCCGCAAAAGAGCAAAUACCGGUCAGAGUAGUACGAUGGCGAGCUCGGGCGAUGAGUUAGAGAGCGUGGUGGUGAAUAAAAGGCGGCCAAAGAAGCGCAAGUUGGGUCGUAAAAUGACCUCCGCAGCUGAGCUGGACAUGGAAGAUGAUGAGAGGUGGUGAGGUCUAGCAAGCUACUCAGCAGUUAUUGUACCUGUGGCGUGGUCUACCUUCCACAACUACUGUUGCAUCAUCCAUUCGGGCUCCAAUCCAGUCGCAUACUCCUAUGGUGACCGCUCAUCAUUAGGGCGCCAGAACCAGAGAUUGAGGACAAUACGAUACGCGAGGAUUG